CAGUGGGAUAUAGUGGCCGAGGUCGGCCCAGAGGCCGAGGAUUCCGUGGUAGAAGAAUGGCACCUUACUCAUGCCGAGCCCGCCGGCCACGAGGUGCUCGAAUUAGUUCAUAUCAUAGUCCUGAUAAUGUUGAAGAGGCCAGCUCAGAUGACUCUACCCAACCCCCAAGCCAUCCAUGGGAGCCACCAUGUGCGAUCACAACACUGGAGGCAGAGCCUAACAGAGUCACAUCACCUAGUAUAAGGCCGGAGACAAGAACGGAUCAGAGCGGUGUGGAUGCCCCAACAGAGCCUAACAGAGUGAGCGCACCCAAUAUAGAGGCAGAGCCUGCAAGAGUUGAAAUUGGUGUGGACGUCCCCACGGAGCCAGCUCAAGUGACCUCACAUGAUAUAGAGGCAGAGCCUGCAGGAGUUCAGAUCGGUGAGGACAUUCCCAUGGAGCCUGUACCAAACCAGGCUCAGAGGAGACGUGGACGUGGCCCAGCUAAGUGCACUGAAUUUGAAAAAUUGCGGAAGCAUGGAAAGGUGCUGCUGAAGAUAAAUAAUGGAGAAACAGCACCAUGCUGCUCAAACGCCAACAUGUUUACAACACGAUUAACAUGGAUAGUCAAACAUCAUUGUGACAUGAGUUAUGCAAGGUGGAGCGAUGUACCCCAAGCACAUAAGGAUGAGUUAAUCGAUCGUGUUCGGGGGGAUUUUGAACUUGAUUGGGAAAUGGAGAACCAUCGAUUGACUGUAACGAAACAACUUCGGAAGCGAUUUAAUGCUUUCCACCAUGAAUUGCAUAGGAUAUAUUUAUCAUAUGCCAGCCAUGACGAAGCAUUGGCUAACGGCAUAGUUUUGGUCAGCCCCCUUGUUUGGGUGAAGCUAUGUGGUAGAUGGGGUAGCGAGGCCUUCAAGAAAUUAUCUACUAAAAACCGGGAGAGUAGGAAGAGGCUGGUUAUUAACCACACAGCAGGUCGCAAAUCCUUUGUGCGGAUUUUUGAAGAGAAGGGACAAAGCAUCUUGUCCAUAUUGAAACGAUUCAGAGCAUUUAUUUGUUAUUCUAAUAAAUACCGGGAUUAA